UCCAGAGGGAAUCACAUUUAAUAAUCUAACCAUAAUUAGAUGAUCCAUUGCCUAGGCGACUAUUCUACUUUUUAGGCAUGUAAACCUAAAUGCUUGGUUGUAUUUUCUGUAUAGAAGAGGAGCGCAUUGCCUGUGUCCCCUGGAGAGGGAAAACGGGUUCGAAGGAGCCAUUGUGUGUGACGUAACUAGCUAGCUAACAACCUGGCAGUUCGACUCCGGCGGCGGACUGUAAAGUGCGAUAAUGACCGACAGUGACCUCGACCAAACCGUGUUUUAGCGGAUAGGUCUUCACACUUUUUAAAUCAACAGAAUAAAAGUUAUCGGUACCAAGAGCGGAUAAAUAUUUUCUACCAUUUAAGAGCAAUUUCAUAUGAAACACAUUUUUUUGUAUUGAGCGUGCGCGCAGGGUUGCAUUUUAUUGCAUGAGCUAAUGUCAGCUAUAGUGAUAGCAGCUCGUUUCCUUUAGCUUGGUACCAUCUUAAAUCAUAUGUAGCUAGUUAGCUGCAACAAUGGAUAAAGGCAAAUCAAUUAUCGACAAAAAAGGGUCGGGAUCGUGUUAUACCAAUGGACUGCAAAGAGGGUUUCAUUCUCAGGCUAGCAACGGUGGGUGCUAUGCAUUCAAUUCAAGUGGAAACUGUAGUGGCGGUACUAGCAACGUUGAACACUUCCAUUAUCUGCAUACCGAUGACGUCGAAGCCAAUGGGUCCUCCCCUGCGAAAAGAUGCAGGUUACGAAGAAGAGUUGAAUCACUGAAGAGGAACAGACCACCCUUCCCCUGGUUCGGGAUGGACAUCGGCGGUACUCUGGUGAAGCUGGUCUACUUCGAGCCCAAGGACAUCACGGCGGAGGAGGAACAGGAAGAGGUGGAAAACCUGAAGAGCAUCCGCCGCUACUUGACCUCCAACACGGCGUACGGGAAGACGGGCGUCCGAGACGUUCACCUGGAACUGAAGAACCUGACCAUGUGCGGCCGGACGGGCAACCUGCACUUCAUCCGCUUCCCCACGCAGGCCAUGCAUCGCUUCAUCCAGAUGGGCAGCGACAAGAACUUCUCCAGCCUCCACACCACGCUCUGCGCCACUGGCGGAGGGGCCUACAAGUUCGAGAACGACUUCAGAACGAUGGCUGAUUUAGAGCUGUUGAAGUUGGAUGAGCUUGACUGUCUGAUUCACGGCCUGCUCUAUGUGGACUCCGUGAGCUUCAACGGCCACCCUCAGUGUUACUACUUGGAGAACCCGUCAGACACCCAGAACAGCGUGAAGACACCGUGCAGUCUGGCCGACCCGUUCCCUAUGCUGCUGGUCAACAUUGGAUCUGGGGUUAGCAUCCUGGCUGUGUACUCCAAAGACGACUACAAACGGGUCACCGGUACCAGUCUUGGUGGGGGUACGUUCCUGGGCCUGUGCUGCCUGCUGACGGGGUGUGAGACGUUUGAAGAGGCUCUGGAUAUGGCUAGCAGAGGGGACAGCAGCAAUGUGGACAAGCUGGUGAAGGAUAUCUACGGAGGAGACUAUGAGCGUUUUAGCCUCCAAGGAUCUGCUGUGGCCUCCAGAAAUGCAGGGGUAUUUUCUAAUGAAGCACCGAAGAGCUCUGAGGAAGAAAGCUUUGGCCACAUGAUGAGCAAAGAGAAACGAGACUCCAUUAGCAAAGAGGACCUGGCCCGGGCUAUGCUGGUUACCAUCACCAAUAACAUAGGCUCCAUCGCACGCAUGUGUGCCGUCAACGAGAAAAUCGAGAGAGUUGUGUUUGUUGGAAAUUUCUUACGGAUCAACACCGUGUCUACUAAGCUGCUGGCCUACGCCAUGGACUUCUGGUCCAAGGGACAACUGAAGGCCCUGUUCCUAGAGCACGAGGGCUAUUUUGGAGCGGUUGGGGCAUUACUGGAGCUGUUAAAGUCGUCCGAGGAGCCAUGAAGACAUGCCCAUGUCGUCUGUAUAGAAGCUGCUGAAAGGUUUUCACGGAAGCCACCACAAGAAACUGGGAAAAAACUGGGAACAGCCAUUUAAUAAUUGAACUGUAAAUAUCCUUUCACUCCCUCCCCUAAAAUCCCCUCCGAAUAGAGGUUUUAAUAUAACUAAUGUCAUGUCCCAUGUCAUGAACCCUGGGUGGCAGGUAAAUGCUAAGGAUCACAGAAACGGUGUUCGUUUUUGGCACUGUGUGUAAAUACCUAUUUGUGUAGUAGUUCUAGGGUGCACUAAAGCCAAAACCUGCUGAGAUUGGACUUGUGUUGACAGUCCAGUUAUGUCUGAGGUAUAGAGGAAAAUUUGCUUAGUUAGUUUCAUUCGUAUCACAUGAAGGGACCAAGAUGCUGUUUCAUCGUCAUGGACUGGCCCUUUUAAUUCAGUGUGUCACACCAAGGGUCCACUCUCCGUUCGCCUGUGGCACACCCAUCAUCAUAGCUUUAUUAUCAGAGCAUGGUUAACAGCAUGGUCAAACUCUCUUUUUAGUGAUGGAGUUCUGUGAUCUGCUAGUAUGUCAGUCACUUUUGAAAGAUAUGCCUUGAUCUUGGUGCGUUGGUUGUUUUUCGAAGAUGCUACACUACAGAGAUGAAUUAUGAGUCUGCCUUUCCUCACUAAGAAAGUGCCUCAUCCUCUCCUAUACCUGGCCCAUGACGACACCCACUCUACAGACAGUCUGUAGAAUUGCCUUGUGUUUGAUUUGCCUAGUAAGGACUUGUUGGUGUUUGUAUCUGUUGUAAGAAAGGUACAUAACUACUGCCAGCAGUUAGUUUAUAUAGGGAUUUAAGAGAUUUGUCUUCCUGUGUCUGUGGGAGUUCCUCACCCAGUGCAAAGGGUCCAUUACCUGCAGUUUGGACAGGAAGUCUCUCAUUUGGCCCCCAAAGUAAUUCUCAUAGCUGCUAUUCGUUUUCUUGUUCUAGUCAUCAGUUAACACUAUUCAAUGUGAAUGUGCUUGUAACUAAAAGAUUGAAGGACCACCACAAGACAUGUAUUAUCGGUUGGUCUAGGUAUUUCAAACGGCAGCAUUAACAGUGUUGUCCGGGUUUGGGCCGGGGGUAGGCCGUCAUUGUAAAUAAGAAUUUGUUCUUAACUGACUUGCCAAGUUAAAUAAAAAUUAACCGAGCGUCAAGUAUUCAAAAUAAACAUAUCAAUGUAUUUCAUCCAUCAACUUCUUCUAAAUUGCUUUGUUAGAAUAAUACUGUUGCAUCCAAUGUCUCAACCUUUGGCAUUAUGACAUCACACAAUGUUCUGUUCUGUCGUUCCUUUUCGUUCCUUUGCUCCAUGUUGGUUAGUGGCUUCAUCCUGUCAGGUGCCACUCUGUUGUUAAACCGGGUAGCCGUUCACUUACUGGCUACUCUGUGCCAUCCUCUUCUCAACUCAACCCUAUGUGUUGCCUUUGUGUUGUUUUUAGUGGAAAUAAACUGAA